AGUGCACCGGGUGAUUUCGUCAGCUUGGCGCUCGGUGUCUCGGCGGUGUCUGAGCGUCAGCCUGAGUCGGAAACUUUGUCGAGUUUCUCCGUAACUUCGUGUCGUUUCUGUGCGGAAACGUUUGUUAAUAUUAGUCGAAUCUUAGUUUUUGACACUUUUUGAAAGUAAUUCUCUGACUUCGGGCAGACUUUUCGUCUUUUAACGGCCGUUUUUUAAAGGAAGCAGGUGAAGGAGACGCGGGGCUCCGGAGCUGCUAACUCUCGGUAGCAGUUAGCGUUAACAGUUAACGUCACUUUAAGAGUGAACGGACGGAAAGCUAAUUUAGCUAACGGGUAUCUGACUUUGACACAGCUGCAACUUUGAACGUCACUUUGUUUUGUUAUUCGGCUUCUUUUUUUGGGAGCUUUUCGUUUGACUUUGACCGAAUGUCGAUGUCCAAAACUUCGGAGUAUCAACUUCAGCGAUAAUGGAGCCCGAGAGCAGCAGCUAGCAGCGCGUUAGCGGGGAGCGAAGCCCUGCGGAAACAGUCAAAGUUAGAUUUCCGCGUUGUGAAAGCUCUGCUCGUAGUUUCCAGUCGGCUUAGAGAUCGUCUUUGCAGUCUGUCAGGAUGGCCGGAGACUCCACCGUCAACUUUAACCUCCUCCACCGGACCUGUAAGCUGGUGGUGCUGCUGUGCUUGCUCCACAUCUCCGUCACUGUCGUCUUCUACGUCCGCUCUCUGGACAUCAGGUUCGCCUUCGCCCAGAACCAGCAGUCCCAUAAUAAUGGCACACAGCCAAACCAGGUCAGGAACACCGCGUUCACCCUCCAAACCGAACCGGCGGAGACCGAGAAGGAGGCGCCCGCGGAGGAGCCGGCGAAGAAGCUGGAGAAAUGCCCUGAAACGUCGCCUCUGCUGGUGGGUCCUCUGCGGGUGGAGUUUAACGUUCCGGUGAGUCUGGAGCAGAUUAAGAAGGACAACCCCAACCUGCAGCCGGGGGGACGCUUCAGACCCAAAGACUGUGAGGCGCUGCAGAAAGUCGCCAUCAUCAUCCCCUUCCGCAACAGAGACGAACACCUCAAGUACUGGCUGUACUACCUGCACCCCAUCCUGCAGAGGCAGCAGCUUGACUACGGAGUCUACGUCAUCAACCAGGACGGAGAUGAGAUCUUUAACCGAGCGAAGCUGCUGAACGUGGGCUACAUGGAGGCUCUGAAGGAGUACGACUACGAGUGUUUCGUCUUCAGCGACGUGGACCUGAUCCCCAUGGACGACCGCAACACCUACAAGUGUUUCAGUCAGCCUCGACACCUGUCUGUGUCCAUGGACAAGUUCGGCUUCAGGUUACCUUAUAAUCAGUACUUUGGCGGCGUUUCCUCGAUGAGUAAAGAACAGUACCUGAAGAUCAACGGCUUCCCCAACAACUACUGGGGCUGGGGAGGAGAGGACGACGACAUCUACAACAGGCUGGCGUCUAAAGGGAUGUCCAUCUCCAGGCCGAGCGGCGAGACGGGAAAGUGUCGGAUGAUCCGACACGAGAGAGACAAACAGAACGAUCCGAACCCUCAGAGGUUCGACCGGAUCGCUCACACCAGAGAGACGAUGUACAAAGACGGGAUCAAGUCUCUGUCCUACAGAGUGGUGAAAACAGACAAGUUCGACCUGUUCACCAAGAUCACAGUGGACGUGGGGAAACCGUGACGACGAGCGGCGGAGGUCAGCUGACGGGAGGAUGCGAGCUGGACUGAUGCAGUAAAAACCAAAUGUGCCUUUGACACUUGAAUCUUUAAAGUUCUGGUUCCGGUGGGAUCAGACGUGCUGGACUCAAACAUCAGCUGUUUCUGCUGUUUCUUGGAUUCGUUUUAUUUUUGUACAGACUGACUGACUGAGAGCUUGUGUGUUUGUUUUCUCCGCGGGGCCUCGAGGACUCUGAUUGGACGCUGACUGUAACCAAUCAGCUGCCUCCGUCUGUCAGUCAGACGCUGCUGCCGCGACACGUCCUGCACGAGCCUUUUAUUUUGAAAAUCAGCGACAAUCAGUGCUGCUGGGUCACGUGGCUUUACUGGCGGGGGGUUAUGGGUAAUGAACAGCUUAGGUCUGGUCUGAUCCAGAUCCUGGGUCUGUUGAUCUGGUUCUAAAUGAAUCCUGUUUCUCAACCCAAUUUUUCAAGAAAGAAAAGAAACCAAAAUAUUUGCGUGAAAGUUCACUAAAUAAUCUUAACUCAUGGUCCUCUUACUAGCUUUUUUCCAGAGAUUUCGACCAUAAAUCUCGGCCUUCUUCAGGGAAUGGUUCAGGUUCAGGUCUGAACAGAGCUCUGUUACGAUGGUCUCCUUGAUAUCUCCAUGACAACUGAGCUAACUCCGUCUGCUGAUGAAGACCGUGAGAUGCAGUUUAAAGCUCAGAGAAAAGCUAGUAAGUGGACCUUGAGUUGAGAUCGUUAUAUCCUGGUUUUGUUUAUUGAUUCUGAUUCUGAUCAGAAUCAUUGACGUAAGAAUGGAAAUAAUCUGAAACUCAAGGUCCACUUACUGGACAUGUUUGAUUAGUUUAUGUUAAAUAAUGAAUAUCAGAAAGAACCGGAACCAGUUUCACUUCAGAACCAGAUCUAAACACCCAACCCUGACUGUGAGUGUGUGUGUGUGUGUGCUUGUACUUGCUACAUAGUGAGGACUGACACGUUUUUACCUGCAGAGUGAGGACAUGUUGGCCGGUCCUCACAACUUCAAAGGGCUGUUUGAAGGUUCGGACUUGGUUUGAAAGGUGAGGGGCUACGGAGAGCAUCAUGUCAAUCACGGUCCUCACAAAGAUAGAAGUACAAGGAUGCGUGUGUGUGUGUGUGUGAAGUCCACUUUUAAAGGUCUUGAUAAUCAGGUUGUGAUUGAUGAUUAAUGUUUCCCAAAGUUAAUUUUUAUAAAAUAAUUAGAUUCUGUGAUUAAUUUAAAAACUGCAUCCUGAUCAGCUUUCAGCCAAAAUAUAACGAGUCCAAAAAUCUAUUUGAUUGAUUGAAUCUGCAGGUGUCCUUACCUGUUGGUACCAAAGACUUUAACAUGGGACGCUUGGCUCUGCUGCAGGUGUUCGUCUCAUUAUUGAUCCAGAUAAACAGCCCAUCAGAGAGUGUGUGUGUGUGAAAUCUCUAUUAGUUGUCGACAGGUUUGUUUGUUUCUCUGCAGACCAAAAACCUUCAUUAUUAUUAUUUUGUUGAUAAGCGAACGAAUCACCUUAAAUGUGCCUUAAAAUGAAUCUGGUGUAACUGGUUGAACCGGUCUGUGUAAACGUAUGAUGAUGAAAAAGUGAAGCGCUGA